AUGAGGUGCUCUGCGCUGCUCUGGGGCGCUGCACCUCCCCAUCCCUCACCUACCCAUCUCUCCUCUCCCCAUCCAUCCUCUUACCAUCCCUCCUCUCCCCAUCCGUCCUUUCCCCAUCCGAUCCUCUCCCCAUCCUCUCCUCUCCCCAUCCUAUCCUCUCCCCAUCCGAUCCUCUCCCCAUCCGAUCCUCUCCCCCUCCCCUCCAGGGAGCUGCUUGGGGCGCUGUGGACAGAUGGCGGCGCGCAGAUUCACGCAGCAGAGGCGGACAAGGUACUGCUGGAGUCCCUUCCGCCCUUCCUCCCAUCAUCACUUCCUCCCAUCAUCACUUCCUCCCAUCAUCACUUCCUCCCAUCAUCACUUCCUCCCAUCAUCACUUCCUCCCAUCAUCACUUCCUCCCAUCAUCACUUCCUCCCAUCAUCACUUCCUCCCAUCAUCACUUCCUCCAAUCAUCACUUCCUCCCAUCAUCACUUCCUCCCAUCAUCACUUCCUCCCAUCAUCACUUCCUCCCAUCAUCACUUCCUCCCAUCAUCACUUCCUCCCAUCAUCACUUCCUCCCAUCAUCACUUCCUCCCAUCAUCACUUCCUCCCAUCAUCACUUCCUCCCAUCAUCACUUCCUCCCAUCAUCACUUCCUCCCAUCAUCACUUCCUCCCAUCAUCACUUCCUCCCAUCAUCACUUCCUCCCAUCAUCACUUCCUCCCAUCAUCACUUCCUCCCAUCAUCACUUCCUCCCUUCAUCACUUCCUCCCAUCAUCACUUCCUCCCAUCAUCACUUCCUCCCAUCAUCACUUCCUCCCAUCAUCACUUCCUCCCUUCCUGCAUUCCUCCCUUCCGCCCUCCCCCCCCUUUUCAUUUUCCGAAUCAAACUUCUUUCUCCCAUCUUUUUUUCCUCCCUGCAUCCCUUCCUAUGUUCCUCCAUUCAUCCGUCCUUCCCUUCCAAUGUUCGUAACUUCAUCCAUCCCUCCUUUCAUCCAUCCCUCCCUCGUUUCCUUCUCUGCUCUCAUCGUUCCCGGCCUGCUUCCCCUCAUUCCCCCCCCCUCCCCUUCAUUUCCGCCGCUGCUUCCCCUCACUUUCCCCCCUGCUUCUCCUCAAUUCCCCCUCUGCUUCCCAGGAUUUACCCCUCUGUUUCUCCUCAUUUCCCCCUCUUCUUCCCCUCGUUUCAUCUUCCUAUCUCCUGCUUUCCCUCUCCCCCUCUUCCUAUCUCCCCUCUUCCCUCUCCUCCCUGUUCCUACGGUAUUUAUUUAUUUCCCUUUCACCCUCUUCCUAUCUCCUCCAUUCCCUCACCCCCCCUCUUCCUAUCCCCUCUUCCCUCUCCCCCUGUCCCUUCCCCCUGCUUCCCUCUUUCCCCUCUUUCCCUGCUUUCCCCUCCCCAACGCUCGUAUUCUCUCCCUCUCCCUGGCUAUUGCAGUGACUACACUGAUGUUUUUUCUGGUACUGCAACUGGCUCAGAGGCCCAUCAUCCCAUGCCAUGCUCGUAG